CCAACAUGGCGAGUCUUGUGCAACAAUGUAUCAGGGAGAAGUUAGCGACCUUCCUUGCAAUGCCCGUAGCAGAUUUGUGUGCUAUGAUGAAGCACAUGUUGUGGAAGACAACAAGUAUGUCUACAUCACAGAGCUAAAAUCCUGGUCUGAUGCACAGAGUUACUGCCGUCACCAUUACACCGACCUGGCCAUUGCCAGGAAUUCGGCAGAUUAUUUAGUAUUGACGCAGCUCAGUCUUGGAUGGAGGAUAUGGAUUGGUCUCUAUAGAGGCUACUGGGAGUGGUCAGAUCAGAACCCAGCCACAUUCCGUGCUUGGCAACCGGAGCGUCCCAGCAUUCCAACAGGCAAGGAGAACUGUGCGUACUACCAGGACGGUGGAUGGGUUGACAGCUUGUGCUCAGAAAAGAAGACCUUCAUCUGUAACGGUGCCCCAAGGUCCCAGGUGGUGAGAAUUGCUAUAAAGAUGGACUCCCCUGUCAACAUGGAGGACCCAGCCAUCCAAGCAGCUCUGGCAGAGCAGAUUCGCCAAAAGUUGCAGCAAAAUGGCCAGCCAGUUGGCCGUAUCGCCUGGAAAAGCCAGCCAGAUGGAAAGGUUUUUCACCAGCAGAAGAACGAGCAAACCAGGAAGAAACGAGAAAAGAAAAGUGAACUUUGAGGCAAAGAGGCAUUUCGUAUUGUCUGCCAGUAUACUUUCCUUGUGUGGCAUUCAGAGUGUUAAUAAACAGCAUUUUCUAAGCCCAACAUAGUACAUAUUCUACUGCACAAACUUGGAUAAACACUUUUAUCCUAUCUUGUUUAAUUGUUAUUUUCUCCACUACUUUUU